AUGCUCCAGACCCCGACACCCGCCCUCCCAAACGCUGCCCUCGCUCGUUCUCCCCACAGCCUCUCGGGCCACCUGCUCUCUGCUCUUCGUCGUUUCCUCGCCGUCCGGGACAGCGAUGACCACCCGCAGCACCUUCCGAACCCAUUCUUAGACUCCGUGCGCAGCAUGCAUCCGUUUCCUUGGCCGGUUGACGUCAAAGCCUCCAUGGCUGCCUUCCAAGAAGUUCGCUCAAGGCCGUUGUAUCUACUAGUCCUCCAAGAAGCUGCCGGCAUCGGAGCCUUUGCGUCAGGUAUUCCAGAAAGCUGCCUUUCGUGA